AUGUCGUUGUUUUCUCUUGAACAGUUCUUACGGUUCAGAGCGCUACAAAAACGUGACAACUCUUCAGACGACGAACACGUAAAAAGUCGCGGAGAUAUAUUCCGUGAUAUUAGACGUCAAAAACCUUUAUCGAUAAACGAUUUAUGCAGCAGAGCUAAAGUUUUAGAUAAAAAGUGGAAAGCAUUUUUGGAUAUAGAAGAUGAUAGAUCAGCAAACCCAUUAGAUGUUUUACAAACUGUUCUUAUCACUUAUGCGGAGAUUGCACGACUGAUUUCAAGUGAUUUGUCCAUAAAAGCUAAAUUAGACGUUGUUCAGUUGUUAGAAAGACUUGCUAAAGUUAUAACUGCGCGUGAAGUUUUGAAAUUAUGUAAAAUUCAUUCAAGUGCACAACAAUUAUUUCAUAGACUUCUUGAUCUGUUGCAAUCGUUGGAUAUUAUCUCUCAAUCAAAAAAUUUAGAACUCAACAAAAAUGUAAGAACAAUGUACAAAAAUAUUUUACUACAUUUUAUAUACGUUAUUAAUGACACAUUACUAAACAUAAAAUUUUUUAAAGAUGAUCUUGAAAAACAUUUACAAUUACUCAAGGUAUUCAUAUUCUAUGUUGAUGAAUAUAUUAUUUCUAAACCGACAUCGGAGACUGAUGAAGGAUGCGUUAAAUCGAUAUUAACGUGCGUUUGGAAUGCGACAGAUAAAACAAUUGUUGUGCCAACGUUUGUUAAAGCUAAUUGUCCAGAAUAUGUUCUAAAAUGGAUUAAAAAAACUGAUAUAUUAGAUAUACAACGAUCAUUAAUAAGUAUUAUACAUAAUAUUGCUCGACAUGCAUCGGGUGUUAAAGCAUUGAACAAUUCGAAAAAUAUAGAAGCAUUAAAAUUAUUUGAAGAAAUAAUUUUGAGAAAACUCGAUGCAAAUCAUCCUAGUGAUUCAAUAAAAUUUAUUAGAAAUGAUACGUAUAUCAUUGAUGAAUAUGGUAAAAAUGUGACUUCAAUAACUGGAGUCAAAUUCUGUAAUACAGAGUUAGAUACUAUAAAAGAAAUGUAUUUAUUCUAUUGUAUGGCAUUUUCAUUAUUAUAUAAAACAUAUGAGGUAACAGCUAAUAUUAAUAAAAUGAAUACAAAUAUAUUAGGUGAAUUAUUACAAAUAGUUGUUAAUUCAUCAAAAAUGGUGACAUUGAGAUACAAUGGUUGUCACAUAUCAGAACCAUUAGUUGUUUUAGCAAAAUUAUUUGUUGAUGAUACAAUUAUCUCUUUAUUUCUAUCAUAUAAAGUUAAAGAUACAAAAAUAGAUAAGGAAUAUUCAAUGAUAGAAUUUUUUUGUAAUUUAUUAAUUCAAUUUCGUGGUUUAUUUAUUCAUGGUGAUUAUUAUGAACGAUUAACAUUACGUUCAUUAUUCAAUAUUAUCUAUAGUAUAUCGUGUAAUAAAGAUGCAUGUUUAGAAUUAAAAUUAAAUGGAAAAUUAUUAAUUAUUAUUGAAAGUUUUACAAAAGAUAAUAAUUCAAAAACAUCAAAAUCAGUUUAUAAUGAUGAAUUAGAUGUAAUGUCACACAUACAUAUGUCAUCUAUAAGUGAAGCGGCUAGUGGAAUAUUAUUAAAUAUUAAAAAAGAAAACAAAAACGAUAAUUUAAGAACUUUUUCAGAAAUGACAAAUACUACUAUAUCUGCAGUACAUAUAUUACCGACGGUUAUGAUUAUUUAUUCAAAUGCUGAUUAUAUAUUUUGUGCAAAAUUAGUCGAUGCAUUAUCAAACUAUAAUGAAUUUAAUGUAGUUGUUGAUUUUAAUAUGGUAUCCGACAAUAAUUGGUUAGAUAUGUUAGAAUCACUUAAAGCAGCUGCUAUUAUUUUAUUAAUUAUAACAGACGAUUUCUACAAUAGUAGAUCUUGUCGACAUGGAAUUUAUUUUGCUUCACUACUAAACAAAAAAAUUAUUUUAAUUUUUAAAGAAGAGAAUUUUAAAUUAAUUAAAUGGCUAGAUUUGGCUCUAGCUGAAUUGGAUAGUCGACAAUUUGUAAUUUCGGAGCAGUUUGACGAUGACAUUAUCAAAUUAUCAGAUUUAAUAUGUAAAACAUUAAACAUUCAAUCUCACAUCAAUCAACAAAAAAAUAAUGAUAACGAUGACCCUAACAAAAGGUUAUUACAUUCACUGUCUCAAAAACCAGUUGAACAAUGGACAAAAACAGAUGUCAUUAACUGGUUUCAUCGUAACAAUGUAACAGAGGAAUUAUGUGCUUGGUAUGAAUUUCAAGAUGGGAAUGAGCUUAUUUUUUAUGCUGAUCGUUUAUUACCAAAUUGGGAGCAUGAGUAUGAAGCGAUUAAAUGUUAUUUGAACGAACAGCAUGAUAAAAAAUUAGAAAGAUCAGAAUUUGAAACUUUUGUUUUAGUUCUGAAUAAUUUAAUGAAACAGCAGCAAACAAAAAGAAUACUCAACAAUAAAAAGAACAGUCUAUUAUCAGUUACAUGUACAAUAACUUGA